GUUAGCAAGCUGCCCAUGCAGUACAAGUUCAUUGUCGAUGACACCUGGACGAUCAACAGGAAGCUGCCCCUAGCCCAGGACGAACACCACAAUGAGAACAACGUUUUAAGUAUACCGGGUGCAGCCCCAACCUCGGAGAGUUCCAUCUCUGGGCCGGAUGUGUUGGUCAACAACCUUCCCGGCAUUCUGCUGGUUAAACAGGUUCUCAACAGGCUCCACACCCGUCUUGGUCGUGAUGGAUACACGGAAAUCAGCGUUCACUUCUUAGCCGACGACACGCUGGCGAUCGAGAGGCGGUCACCGGACAACGGACACUCGGUCUGGUUUGUUGUACGCUCUGCUUUCUGGAGAAACCGCAUGGGUGACGGCUUGCCUUCUGGCACUCAAGAGUUGGAGGUGGACGGAACCAUUGCGCACUUGCACGUCGCCGCAACUCUGUUUGUCGGAGAUCAGCACGAAAAUGGCUAUCGUCCUGACAACGAGCUGAUUACAGGAAUGGAGUGCUAUCUGCACGUCUACGGCUCUGUCCACGAAGUCGCAACUGUGUGGACACAAGGAAGCAAUUCUCGACUUCGCUUGCAUCGAUUCCCGCCUGGCAGCAUUCUCGUGUUCGGCACAGAU